UCAGAUUUGGAAUCGCUCUCCACUAGGAAUGAUAAACAUUUCAAUGGAGCUUUAGUUCACAUCUCUUCACCAAGCCAAACCCGGCCAGAAAGCAUUCUCCUUCAAAGAUGGUGGCUGUGUUCAACAAGGAGCUCUUGAGCUGGUACCUAAUCACCGUCAAACUCAGAGAAGCUGUGGCGUCUGGGGUGGCAACAACACCUAAUUCUACACCAUCAUCUGCAGGAUUUCCAGAACGAUCUCAGCAGCUGCUGCAGAAACAACAGCAGAAACCACUAGGAUCAUUGCAAAUCGUGAUGAGAAAUGAUGGUAAGAAUUGCGAAGAGGAUCGCGAAGACAAUCCACCAGAGUCGGAGUGGGUGAUCUCCAUCAAAGAAAAGCUCGACCAAGCGCGUCAAGAUGAUGCAGCAAGUUCAUGGGCAAAGCUGUGCAUUUACCGAAUCCCCCAUUACCUAAAAGAAGGCCAUGACAAAGCGUUUGUCCCUCAGAUUGUUUCCCUAGGCCCUUACCACCAUGGUAAGAGACGCCUACGCCAAAUGGAUCGCCAUAAAUGGCGUGCCCUUCACCAGAUCCUCACGCGUACCAACCAUGACAUAAUGCUUUAUCUUGAUGCCGUAAAAGAAGUUGAAGAAAGAGCUCGCAACUGUUAUGAAGGGUCAAUAACUCUUAGCAGCAAUGAAUUUGUUGAAAUGAUGGUGCUGGAUUGUUGCUUCGUGCUUGAGCUCUUUCGGGGUGCUGCUGAAGGAUUCAAGCAACUUGGCUACCCACGAAACGAUCCCAUCUUUGCAAUGCGUGGCUCAAUGCACUCCAUCCAGCGAGACAUGAUAAUGCUGGAGAAUCAACUCCCACUGUUUAUACUUGAUCGGCUCUUGGGGAUUCAGUUAGGCAACCCAGACCAGAAAGGAGUGGUAGCCAAGCUAACACUCCAAUUUUUCGACCCGUUAAUGCCAACAGAUGAGCCAUUAACAAAGAGUGAUAUGAACAAAUUACAGUUAUCGCUUGGAUAUGCAACUACCUUUGACCCUUUAUCAGAUCAAGGUGGCCUUCAUUGCCUUGAUGUUUUCAGACGAAGUCUCCUGCGCAGAGGGCUUCAACCGGAACCCAGGAUUUGGAUCAAGAGAUGGUCACAUGGUAAUCGUGUUGCAGAUAAACGAAGGCAGCAAUUGAUACAUUGUGUUACAGAACUCAGAGAGGCUGGAAUCAAGUUCAAGAAAAGGAAGACAGAUCGCUUUUGGGACAUAAAAUUCAAGAAUGGAAUUCUCAAAAUCCCUCGGCUCUUAAUCCAUGAUGGUACAAAGUCACUUUUUCUCAACCUUAUUUCCUUUGAGCAGUGCCAUCUUGAUUGCAGCAAUGACAUUACUUCAUAUGUGGUCUUCAUGGACAACUUGAUUAACUCUCAUCAAGAUGUGGGUUACCUUCACUACUGUGGAAUAAUUGAGCACUGGCUCGGCAGUGAUGCUGAAGUUGCUGACCUCUUCAAUCGCCUCUGUCAAGAGGUGGUUUUCGACAUCAAUAACAGUUACCUUUCCCGCUUGUCAGAGGAUGUGAACCGGUAUUACAACCAUAGGUGGAAUGCUUGGCGUGCGAGUUUAAAGCAUAAGUAUUUUGGCAAUCCUUGGGCCAUUAUCUCAUUAAUUGCUGCUGUUGUCUUGUUGUUGCUUACUUUUGCACAGACUUUCUAUGGAGUAUAUGGCUAUUACAACCCUAGGUGAAUCCGGAAAGUCCAAGUUCUCUAUCUCUAUUUGGUUUGAGU